AUGGCUUCGUCUAAAGGGAACUCAUAUAAUGAGAUUCCCCAACACAACCAUAAUCAACUGAAUAAUUCACUUCAACAAUUUAAUUCUAAUCAGGAUGUCAAUAAUAAUAAUGAAAUGAAAGUGCCAUAUUUAUCAACUACCAGCCCACAUAAACUUCAGACUAGCCCGGAUUAUUUAGCCACCAGUCAAUGGAAUCAUAAGGUAAACUUAGCAAGAAACAUUGAUGAUAGGAUUCAAGACCUUACUUAUAAAAAUGACAACCAACGCUCAUGGUCUCUGAUCACCACUUUCAGACCAACAGAAACAAAGCUCAAUGAGAAUCCUCGGGUAAUUGAACGAGGCAUUGAAUCAAGAACAAGUAAAACCCGUAAUAAUAUUCUCCAGGCGGCCAAUGAACUCUCAAGUGAAAACAUGCUUUGGUAUUUGCUUAAUGAAUUGGGCUUACCAAAGCACAAAAUUGCCAUUGACUUGGACGAAAGUGAAUGCAGAGCCUUCAACACCUACCUGGCACUCAUUACUCAAAUGUUUGACGUCUAUUUCCCGUUCCCCGUGUUUCAAGUCUGUGCUGAAGCGGCCCUUUAUGAUACUUCCAAGGUGCUAUUGCGUUCAGUCGUGGCCCUUGGGAUGCUUUAUACAAACAGUGAAGGAGCUAAGUCACUCACUCAAUAG